AUUCAACUUCCGCUAGCAAUAGCGGCUGGUGUUUGUUGACAGCGACGCCGCAUAGCGUAACAGUGCCACAGUAGUUUCAUUGUGCUGUUGAAGCAAAAAUGGCAUCAUCCAAUUCGUACAAACUCAGGUGUUCAAUCCCGGGCCACGAGAUGGACGUCAGGGGACUCGCCGCUACUGUUUUUCCAGAGGGAGCAUUCGUGUCGGUGUCCAGAGACCGAACCGGAAGAGUCUGGGUACCAAACUCCAGCUCAGACAAAGGCUUCACAGAAAUGCACUGUAUGUCUGGACACUCAAAUUUUGUAUCCUGUGUAUGCAUCAUCGCACCCAGUGAAACAUACCCUCGGGGACUUGUUGCUACAGGCGGGAACGAUAAUAAUAUUUGUGUUUUCUCACUGGACCGACCGCAGCCCAUCUUCACUCUCAAGGGUCACAAAAAUACAGUUUGCACUCUGUCGUCUGGGAAGUUUGGGACACUUUUGAGUGGUUCCUGGGACACUACAGCCAAGGUCUGGCUCAAUGAGAAGUGCAUGAUGACCUUGCAGGGCCACACUGCAGCAGUGUGGGCAGUGGCUAUUUUACCUGAACAAGGCCUUAUGCUGUCGGGAUCAGCAGAUAAGACCAUAAAGCUUUGGAAAGCAGGACGAUGUGAGAAGACGUUUACAGGUCAUGAGGACUGUGUGAGAGGCCUGGCAGUGAUCAGCAACACUGAGUUCUUCUCGUGUAGCAAUGACGCAAGUAUCAGAAAGUGGCUGGUGACAGGCGAAUGCGUACAGGUCUACUACAGCCACACCAACUACAUCUACAGCUUAGCUGUCUUCCCCAAUAGCCAAGGUUUGUUGAUUAUUUUUAUAAGCACAGGGGAGGACCGGAGUCUGAGGAUAUGGAGGCAAGGAGAGUGCUCUCAGACCAUCCGCCUGCCUGCUCAGUCUGUGUGGUGCUGCUGUAUUUUACCUAAUGGUGACAUAGUAGUCGGAGCCAGCGAUGGCAUUAUCCGCGUGUUCACGGAAGCUGAGGACCGCAUGGCUAGUGCAGAGGACCUGCAGGCCUUUGAAGAUGAACUUUCCAAAGCCACCAUCGACCCCAAGACCGGGGAUCUUGGUGACAUCAAACUGGAGGAUCUUCCUGGAAGAGAACACCUGAACGAGCCUGGGAAUCGCGAUGGACAGACACGGUUGAUCAAAGAUGGACAGAAGGUGGAGGCAUAUCAGUGGAGCGUCAGUGAUGGCCGCUGGAUGAAAAUCGGAGACGUGGUCGGAGGCUCAAACCAACAGACCUCCAAGAGUGUCAUGUACGAAGGAAAGGAGUAUGAUUAUGUAUUCAGCAUUGAUGUGAAUGAGGGAGGGCCAUCCAUGAAGCUGCCUUACAAUGUGACAGACGACCCCUGGCUGACAGCGCACAACUUUCUGCAGAAGAAUGACCUCAGCCCGAUGUUCCUUGACCAGGUUGCCAAUUUUAUCAUUGAGAACACCAAAGGGCACGUGGUGGGACCAGCCCAGCCCGCUGGUGGUGACCCCUUUACUGGAGGAGCUCGGUAUAUCCCUGGUUCUUCCAGUGAUACUGCAGGCCUUGGAGCUGAUCCUUUUACAGGCGCUGGUCGCUACAUCCCAGGGUCAGGCCCAAACCCAGGUGCUCCUGUUGGUGUAGCGGAUCCCUUCACAGGAGGCGGUGCAUACUCCUCAUCAGCCUUGAGACAAACAACCAACAUCUACUUUCCCAAGACUGAUGGUGUGACCUUUGAGCAAGCCAACAGCUCUCAGAUCAUUGCUAAGUUGAAGGAGCUAAAUGGAGGUGCUCCUCAGGAGCACAAGCUCUCUGAAGAAGUUCUGGAAAGCCUUGAGAGGCUUUUGUUGUCUGUGUGUGGACUCAACUCCUCUGAGCCUGCUCCGACCAUCCAACAGAUCAACCUGCUUUGGAAGGCUUCUCACUGGCCUGAAGAUAUUGUGUUUCCUGUCCUGGACAUUAUGAGGCUGGCAGUGCGCCACCCGCAGGUUAAUGAGAGCCUUUGUGGAGAGGCAGAGGGUGUACAACUGUGCAACCACCUCCUGAACCUAAUGAGGCCCGAGGGGCGUCCUGCCAACCAGAUGCUGGCACUGCGGACUCUGUGUAAUUGCUUCAGUGGCAGGCAUGGCCGAGCCCUGCUCAUGGCCCAGCGCGAAACGGUGCUAUCACGUGCUGCUGACCUGGCCACCGUCUGCAAUAAGAACAUCCAUAUUGCCCUGGCCACUCUGGUGCUUAACUACGCUGGCUGUCUCCAUCACCAGCCUGACCUUGAGGCCAAGGCCCAGUGCCUAUCUGUGGCCAGUAGAGCCCUGGAGACAGUACAAGACAAGGAGGCUGUAUUUAGGCUGCUGGUAGCCUUGGGAACCACAGUGGCCUCAGAUCAAACAGCCCAGGAUCUGGCUCGCUCGUUGGGAGUCAGCUCUCAGAUUUCCAAGUACUCAUCAGUGUCUGAUCCAUCGAAGGUGGGAGAGUGUUGCCAGCUGCUUUUAAAAGAACUACAAUGAUAUGAAUGAUUUAGACAAAAAAGAGCACUUGUUUCUAUUACUCUGUUCUACUUAACCAGUUGUGGUGGAGAUCUAAAUAAUUGUAUGUUCCACAAUAAAAGAAGGACAAGUGAAAAUUUGCCACA